AUGGCACCAUACGUUCAAGACUCCGCUGACAGCGAUGCCGUCCCUAAGGCUAUACAGUCUAAGAGCGCGACGCUCAACCACGACCAGGUUCCAAAGCCCGUCGCGGACGACUUCAUGUACGACUUCAAGUACAACCACGCACUCCCUACCAUCGACGUUUUGGGCGUUACCAUCCCCACGGAUUGUGAUGCUCGUCAGGAGGCCGAAGGCAUCGUAGCUCGUCUCUCUAAAGCUACAUCAGAAGAAGACGCACAAGCUUUCGCCGAACUAUUCCUCGAUUAUGGCGUGUGGCGGGACAAACUCUCAUUUACCUGGGACUUCCGCACAUUCAAUUUUAGAAAGGCCAUUCUUCAAGCCGCCACCGACCUUUUGCCUCAAACCAAGGCUAGAAACUUCAACUUUCUCGACCCUGCGCCUUCAGUGUCUCAGCCUUACCCUGACUUCUCUCAGCUGCAGUUUGUUGUAUCCUUCGAGACUGAGAUUGUGUUUGCCUCGGCCGUCAUCAAUGCAGUCCUCACUCAAGAUGGCUGGAGAAUUUACACUAUGCAUACUGUUGCCGAGAGUCUUAAGCAAUUCCCUGAGCAGCCCGCACCGGAUGGACAUAUGACUGGUAUCACUAGCUGGGAGAGUCAGAGAUCCGAGGCUAUCAACACUGUUGACCCUGAGGUGUUGAUCGUUGGUGGUGGUCAGAAUGGUCUUGCUAUGGCAGCGCGCCUGAAAGCUCUCGGUAUGGUGAGCCUGAUCAUCGAACGCAGCGACGAAAUUGGAGAUGUCUGGAAGAAUCGUUACGAAUAUCUUUCACUCCACUUCCCACAUUGGCCCGAUGCCUUGCCAUACUUCAAAUACCCUCAGCAUUGGCCCACAUACACUCCGGCUCAGAAGCAGGGGUUAUACAUGAAGUGGUAUGCCUCCGCUCUGGAGCUCAAUGUCUGGACCAAAUCAGAGGUUGUUAAGGCAGAGCAAGACGCUGAGGGAAAGUGGACCGUUGUCAUUAAUAAGGAGGGCAAUGAGACUCGCACACUACACCCUAAACAGCUUAUUAUGGCCACGUCGCUAUGUGGUGUUCCUUCCACCCCAUCUGUCCCUGGAAUGACUGACUUCCGGGGCGAGAUCCGUCAUUCCAGCAACCACAAGAGCUCCCGUGAUUUUGUCGGGAAGAAGGUCUGCGUAGUCGGUACCUCAUCCUCGGGCUUUGACACAGCUUACGAGUGCGCUCGUCUCGGAAUUAAUGUGACUCUUCUCCAGCGCUCACCGACUUAUGUUAUGUCUUUGACCCAUUCCGUUCCUCGGAUGCUUGGAAUCUACGCGCCCGACAAGAACGGCAACCUCCCCGAUACCGAUGUCAUGGAUCGUAUUAACUUCUGUACGCCAGUUGGACCCGGGGAAGAACUGGCCAAGCGCACUGCUAAGGUUCUUGAGGACUUGGACAGGCCUCUUCUCGAAGCUCUGAACGCCCGUGGUCUGCGAACAUGGCGCGGCCAGCGCGAUACUGGCAACUCCACACUUGGCCAGACCCGAAACGGCGGGUUUUACUUUGAUGCCGGUGCUUGCGAGGAAAUUAUCAAUGGCAACAUCAAGGUAGAGCCAGGUUUUAUUGAGAAGUUCACUGAGGAUAAAGUGAUCUUAAACGGCGGCCGUGAGAAGGAGUUUGACCUAGUCGUCUUUGCUACCGGAUUUUCCAACACGAUUGAUUCCAUUCGCGCGACGCUUGGAGAGAAGAUUGCCAGCCAAUGUAGGCCUAUUUGGGGUAUUGACGAGGAAGGCGAGUACAAGACAGCCUAUAGGGAGACGGGAGUGCCCAACUUGUGGAUCAUGGUUGGUUUCCUUCCAAUGACCCGAUAUGCCUCCAAAUUAUUGGCUUUGCGUCUGAAAGCCCUUGAGGAGGGCGUUUCCCCUCCCCCUUACAAAGUUUAG